AUGAAUUACAGGGAUAAAUCGGAUGGAAUUUGCUUCAUCAAAGGAGAUAAGAAGGUUUUUACGGAACAAUUAUUGGAAGGAAAGAAAUUGUCAUCAUUAUUACAAGUGGUGGAAAUCAAAAACGAUCUAAAUCCUUUUGAAUUAUUGAACACUUAUAUUUGUAGUGGAUUUGAACCUUAUUUUUCAUCUUUCGAAAAAACUAAAAGAAAUCAAAGAGACUUCAAGACAUCAGUAAUUUCCGAUAUUACGGAAAGUUUAAAAUCUUUAAAACUUGCAUUAAAUCAAGUACAACAAGCCUAUCAAAUUCCCGAGGUGGACGUAUUAAGUUUUGUUCAUCAAGAUGUAAAGGAUAUGGUUAAACAAGGAGCAACUUUGGAUUCAUUGAGUGACAAAAUUACCAAGUUGAAGAAUGAAACCAAAUUAAUUGAAGAAAUUAGCAAAAUGUCAUUGAAUUGUGCACACGAAAUUAGAGGAUUGACACAAAAAGCAGAAACUUUGUCAAAUGUUGAUCAACAAUUGAAGAGCCAGGAAAUAGUAUUUACCUUGAAUAUUUUGAAAAAUACAAGAAGAAUGCAAGCUUUUACAGCUUUAAACACAACAGGAAUAGAAGAUGUACUGCAAAGAGCUAAAGAGUGUAACUCUCUUUUAGCAGAUCUACCAAUCAAUGAAUUACUCUCUGCUAAGGAUAUUGAGAAAAUGACAGCAACAAUUGCCCAAAUGUUCACUCAGCUCAACAAAUCAAAAAUAUAUCACAAUAAGGAUUCAUACCCUAUGGAGCGUGCUGUUAAAUUAGUAGAGGCUCUGUCAAGGGACGUGUCAGAAAAAUUAUUGGAAAUUCUAAAAUCAUCACAAAUAAUGUUUCUCAAUUUUGAAGAUUUUGAUAGAAUAACGAAAAACUGUAUUGAUUUGUUUGCUACACUGGAUUCGGAUAUUAAAACAUUUACCAAGAUUGCAAGUGAUGUUGCUAGAAAGAAGCAAAAGACUGCUGUGGAAAUGAGUAAAUUAGAACAUCUUCAUUUACAAAAAAGAAUCGAGGAAAUUAGAAAUUUCAGAGUGCAACAUGAGGAACUUAGAGUAGUUAUUGAAAAAGUACUACCAACAUCAAAUUUCGAUGUUAGAGAAACAAGUGCUUUGGAUCAAGUUAAUAAGGCUUUUGAAGAAUUUAGAACUCUGGAAAAUAAGGUAUUUGACACUUCAUUUGAAGGCCAACAAACUUGGAAGAGUGCAAUUAAAUCUUACAAUGAAAAAAUAGACAAAGCAGAGACUCAAAUUACAAGAAAACUCACAGAUCAAUUAGGUAUUGCAAAGAGUGCCAGUGAAAUGUUUAGAAUUUUCUCCAAAUUCAAUCCUCUUUUCUACAAGCCAAGGAUUAGAAGUGCAAUUCAACAAUAUCAAGAGCAAUUAGUAGAAAGAGUAAAGGUCGAUAUAACCAAACUAGAAGAAAAGUUCAAACAACACUACCCAUACUCUGAAACCGAAAAGAUGAGUAAGCUUAGAGAUUUACCAUCUGUAUCAGGUUUCAUUAUUUGGGCAAGGCAGAUUGAAAAGCAAUUAAUUGCAUACAUGAAAAGAGUAGAUGACGUUUUUGGAAAUGGCUGGGAUAGAAUGAAAAUUUUAAGAAAAAAGGAUUGUCUUUGGACAUUGAAUGAAUCUCUAGCAGAAUUUAUGGGAGUUCCUUUCUCUAAAAUACAAUCUAAAAUAAGCAGCCAUCCAGUUCUCUCGUUACUAACCAAACCAGAAACUACUGGUACCGCAUUAGCUUUAGCUUUCCUUGAACUUGUAUAUACAGACUCAGAAACCCAAUGGAAAGUUAUGGCAUCAGAAAGCAGAGAAAUACUAAAGAGAGAAGUCGAAAAAACAAGACUUUCUGGUGAUAUUAUUCAACAUUGCAGUGAAAUUUUGAAAGAAGAAAAGAUUGGUGGUAGACAUAUCGAAGAAAACAAUUUAAGGAAGGAAGGAGAGAAAUUUAAGAACAAACUUCAAGGAAAUAUUUUCACUGUUCUAGAAAGAUGGAAUAAUGAAGUCUUUGAGAAAAUGUUUAAAUGGAAAAUAUUCCACCUCUCAAAUGAUAGUCAGGUGUCUGUAAAGGGAUUUAUAUUCGAAAUUGUAAAAAAUAAGGAAGAAAAAUCCGAUCUAAGAGUUAAUUUUGAUAAGGAAAUAAGUACUUUAAUCAAGGAAGUAAGAAAUCUGUCUUCCCUUGAUAUGAUUUCUAGAGUCAAAUCAGAAAUUAAGAUUGUAGCUAUGGAGGCUUCUCACAUACAUCCUAUAGCUGUAUCUCUGUCAGAAAGUAUUAAGAUAUUCAAGAAAGUCAUGAAGGAAGUUGAGGAUAGACCUUACGUUAAACCUUUAGCCUCAAAGUAUUUGAACAGUAUUUAUGAAAAGCUUUCAGAAGGAUUCAAACUAUCUUGGAAGAGCACAAAACUUGACAAAUACGCCAAAGAACUGUACGAGGACGUCACAAAGUUUUCAAAUCAUAUUCAUGAUUUACUUUUGGAUGUGGAUAAAAUCUUCAAAUUCUUGGAUACUCUCAAAACAUGUAAAUUACACAAGACUAGCUUUGAAGCUAUUCUUUCAGAUAUUCAAAAAGUUAUAGACUCUCUCGCUCUUACCGACGAAUGUAGCAAUCUCAAAUCAUGGGUAAAUAGCAUUAAUACUCAUAUUGAGGAGAUUUUAUUGGCUAGAUUAAACGAAUUGUUGAAAUUAUGGCUUGCUGAAUACAAUUCGAUGACUGUUUCAACAGACUUGGGUAAACAGGAGGAAGAAUUCGAGGAAGGUUAUGAAAAACGUACUCCUCAAUCAAAGGAAUCUCCAGAAACAGAGGAAAUCAAAUCGAUAUUUGGACAACUUAGUAUUUCCAAGUUUAAAGUUGAUAUCAAGCUUGUGAAUCGAUCGAUGAAAGUUAUACCCUCAGUUCAUAGAGCUAAGUCAUACUGGGCCUCAAGAUUUAGUUUAUGUUUGUCAUGGAUAUGUGACUUGCAUAUUAUUCAAAGUGACAGAUAUGAUCAAGCUUUUACUUUAGAGAAGAGAAAAACUUACAAAUAUCUUCUUGAAAAAGUACCUCAAGCACUAUUACAAACAGUAUUCAAUCUAAUCUCUGCAUCAACAAGGAGAGCUGACAAAUACGUACAACAAUGGUUACAAUAUCAAGCAAUGUGGGAAAUGGACAUUAACUAUGUAAUGUCAGAAAUCAGUUCCUUGGAUUCUUGGGUUCAAAUACUCAGAGAUUUGUCUAAGUCUAAAUUCAUAUCAGAUAGUGAUUCUUAUUCCAAAGAUUUUGGAUCUAUUGUUAUUAAUUACAGAGAUGUUUAUGAGAAGAUUAACAUGAAAUAUGAUGAUACGUUAAGACAAAUGCUCUCCAAAUUCUGCACAGAGCUUAAGGAAUCUAUGAAAUCAACAUUUGUUAUUCUUUCCCAAGAGAGAAAUGAAGUAGAAACUUCCCGAGUUGAAAGAAGCACACAAGAUGCUAUCAAAUUCCUAACUAAAAUAAGAUCUCUCAAAAAACAAUUCCACACUUGGGAGUCAAAUAUCAAUCUCUUUAAGGAAGGAGAAAAAUUGAUUCAAGAGUACAAUUGUAAAUUCCCAGAGGGAUGGAUUUUUGCCGAUAACGUUGAAGGUGAAUGGAAUGCACUCAACCAGAUAGUCAAACAAAAGAAUGAAUCUGUCAAAUCCCUAAAGGAUCAAAUCACAAAGAACUUACUUAGUGACGAAAAGAAGUUAUUUACAUAUAUUGGUCAAUUUGUAGAGGAGUGGAAAACAAAGAGACCUUUGGAAGGAACUAUUGAACCUUCUGAAGCUCUUAAGCAAUUAGGAGCUCUAGAAGGAAAGCUCUCGCAACUAAAACAAGAAUAUAAGAGAAUUAGAAAGAGUAGGGAAGCUUUAGAUAUGGAAGUUAUCAAAAUGGAGAAAUUAGAUUCAUACGAAGAGGAGUUGAAGAAUCUCAAAGACGUAUGGGUCUCUAUACAAAGUAUUUGGGCAGAGCUCAGCGAUCUACGAGAAAUUCCGUUCAAUAGUGUUAUUUGCAAGACUGUUCAAAAUAGACUUACAGAAUUGGUAGAUAAAAUCAAGAAGUUCAAUCCUUGGAUGCUCACCUAUGCAUCAGUUGAAAAUAUUUUAUCACAAGUUGAAUUGCAUUUGAAAGAAAUGGCUAUAUUGAGAUGCCUUAAGGAAGAAGGAAUGAAAGAACGACACUGGAUUGACCUAAGAAAACAAAUUGGUACCAACUGGGUACUAACAGAACUCACAUUAGGAGAUAUUUGGAACAGCAAAAUACUUGAACAUGAACGAGUUAUUAGAUCAGUCCUAGAAAAAGCAAGAGGAGAACUUGGUCUGGAAGUGUACUUGAAUCAAGUUAGAGAAUUAUGGGCAGCGAUGAAGUUCGAAGUUGCUAGCCACAAUAACAAGGGUUAUCUGAUAAAAUCCUGGGAAGAUAUAACUGGGCAUAUUUUGGAUCACCUAAAGACGUUGUCUUCAAUGCGGGCUUCUCCAUUCUUUAAAACCUUUGAAGAUGAAUGUGUGUCUUUGGAAAGCAAGAUUAACAGAAUGAGAAUAAUGUGCGAUCUAUUCAUGGAUGUGCAAAGAGUUUGGGUUUACUUGGAAGGAGUAUUCUCGAGUAACGUAGACAUUAGAUAUCAACUCCCAAAAGAAACUCAAAGAUUCCAAUCUGUUGAGCAUGAAUUUGUAACCCUUAUGAGAAAAGUUCACUCUAAUCCACUCUGUCUUGAAGUUGUAAAUAUUCCAAAUAUCACAAGCUCAUUAGAAAGAUUAACUGAACAACUUUCUAAAAUUCAAAAGUCAUUGGGUGAAUAUUUGGAAAAGCAAAGAGCAGCUUUCCCAAGAUUUUACUUUGUUGGUGAUGAAGAUUUAUUGGAAAUUAUUGGCAAUUCAAAUGACAUUGAAAAAUUACAAAAACAUUUGAAGAAGAUGUUUGCGGGUAUUUCUACUCUAGAGUUUACAAACUCGACGGUAACUUCUAUGGUAUCUAAAGAAGGUGAGAUUGUUAAAUUCCAAAAUUCCUUAGAGUUAGAUCCAAAAGAAUCAAUCCAGACAUUUUUAGUAAAUCUGGAGAAAGAAAUGAGAUGCACUCUUUCCUAUCUCUUGGGAGAGGCAUUCCAAAAAUUCCACACCAUCGUUGAAAACGAAAGCGGCUUGAAUAAUACAGACUUAGAAGAAUGGAUAAAGACAUACCCAGCCCAGAUAAUUACAACUUCUAUUCAAAUUUGGUGGACCAAAGUUACAGAAGACCAGCUUUCUAAUGAGUUCGAUUUACAAUCUGUACUGUUCAAUGUGAUGAGCCUUUUGGAAAAACUUGCAGAAAUGUCCUUAUCCGCAAAGGAUAAUGUAUUAACUCGAAAGAAAUUUGAACACCUAAUCACAGAACUAGUACACCAACGGGACGUACUCAAACAACUAAUCUCUCAACAAGUUAGAGGAGCCAAGGAUUUUUCUUGGCUUUAUAACAUGAGAUUCUACUGGAAUGCAAAUUGCACAGACCCAGCAGAAAGACUUAAUAUUUCGGUGGCAAAUGCUAACUUUAUUUACGGAUUUGAAUACUUGGGUGUUAUUGAAAAACUAGUCCAAACACCUCUCACAGACAAGUGUUACUUAGCUUUAACGCAGGCUUUACAUUCUAGAUUUGGUGGUUCUCCAUUCGGUCCUGCAGGUACAGGUAAAACCGAAACUGUUAAAGCUUUGGGAGCACAACUUGGAAGAUUUGUUUUAGUUUUCAAUUGUGAUGAAACUUUUGAUUUCAAGGCCAUGGGAAGAAUAUUCCUUGGUCUUUGUCAAUGUGGAUCUUGGGGAUGUUUUGAUGAGUUCAACAGAUUGAACGAAAAGAUGAUGUCUGCUGUAUCUCAACAAAUCCAAACAAUUCAAAUUGCCCUCAGAGAUAGAAAAACUAGCAUUGAGCUCAUUGGAAGACAAUGCUCUGUUCAUGACAACACUGGUAUUUUCAUAACAAUGAAUCCGGGUUAUGCUGGAAGAUCUAACCUUCCUGAUAACUUGAAGCAAUUAUUUAGAAAUAUUGCUAUGGUUAAACCUGACAAGGAGUUGAUUGCUCAAGUAAUUCUAUACUCACAAGGUUUCAAACUAGCAGAAGAACUUUCAAAGAAGGUAGUGCUUUUCUUUGAUCUAUGUAGAGACAAAUUAUCACACCAAUCCCAUUAUGAUUUUGGUUUGAGAGCUUUGAAGAGUGUACUUGUCAAUGCUGGUUAUUUGAAAAGAAACUUUUCAUCUACAAACAUUGAGUCAAAGCAUCUUAUCCAGAGUAUUCAAGAUACUAUAAUUCCAAAACUUGUUGGUGAUGACGUUUCACAACUCAAGUUCUUAAUUUCCAAUCUCUUCCCCGGUCUUGAAACUGUCAGCAAUCCUCUCACUGAACUGAGACAAUACAUUUUCGAAAUAUGCAAUUUGUAUUCAUAUUUAGCAGACGAAAGAUGGGUAGAGAAGAUUGUUCAACUUUACAAUAUUCAAAACUUGCAUCAUGGUUUUAUUUGUGUGGGUCCUGCAGCCAGUGGAAAAAGUUCUUGUUGGAAGAUUUUGCUAAAGGCUUUAGAGAAACUAGAUGGUAUUAAAGGUAGAUCUUAUAUAAUAGAUCCAAAGGCUAUAACCAAAGAUGAAUUAUAUGGUAGAUUAGACUCUACUACAAGAGAAUGGAGUGACGGUGUAUUUACACAAAUAUUGAGAAAGAUUGUCGACAACUCCCGAGGAGAAAGCACUCAAAGACACUGGAUAAUAUUUGAUGGUGAUGUAGAUCCAGAGUGGGUUGAAAACCUCAACAGUGUUCUUGAUGACAAUAAGCUUUUCACUCUUCCAAAUGGUGAAAGAUUAGCCUUACCAGAGAAUGUGAGAAUUAUGUUUGAAACUCAAGAUUUAAAGUAUGCAACCUUGGCCACAGUAAGUCGUUGUGGUAUGGUAUUCUUCAACGAUUCUAUUUUAUCCCACAAAAUGAUAAUUCACCACUAUUUGGAUAAGUUAUCAAGGGAAGGCUCAGAUAAUCCAAAAUUAUUGUUACAAAGAAAAAUUGCCUCCAUUCUCAGACCUUUCUUACUUGAAAGUGACUUGAUUCAACAAAUUGCAGACUUUGCACAAAAACAAGAACAUAUCAUGGACUUUUCAAUUAUGAGGUCUCUUGAUACAACAUUUGCCCUCAUAAAUAAGGGAAUCCAAACUGUAUUUGAAUACAAUUGCAAUCACUUGGACUUCCCUAUCAGUGAUGAAUCACUAAAGAGAUUUAUAACCAACAAAAUGGUUUUCUCCUUGUUAUGGGGUUUCACUAGCUCAUCCAACAAUGCUAAUAGAAAGAAAUUUUCUCAAUUCUUGACAUCUACUAUUAGAAAUGUGGAUUUACCUAGGGAUGUCAGUUUAACUGAAUUUGAAGUCAGUAUCCAUGAUGGAGAAUUUUCUCCUUGGAUAAGAAGAGUUCCAGAAGUAACUGUUGAUUCAAAUAAGAUAUUUGGAAACUCAAUCAUUCCAACUUUGGAUACUCUUAGACAUGAUGAUUUAUUAGAGUCAUGGAUUCAAGAUCACAAGUCAGCAAUUUUAUGUGGUCCUCCUGGAAGUGGUAAAAGUAUGAUCAUGACAUCUGUCCUCAAAUCCUUGACAAAUUAUGAGUGUUGUUACUUGAACUUUUCUAGUGCAUCAACUCCAUCAUUAAUUCUCAAAACAUUUGAACAAUAUGGUACUGUAAAGAAUACAUCAGAAGGUCUAGUACUUCAACCAAAUCAAAAUGGAAAGUGGCUAGUUGUCUUUUGUGACGAAAUUAACUUGCCUUCCAAUGACAAUUAUGGAACUCAGAGAGUUAUUUCAUUUAUAAGGCAAUUAGUAGAACACGGAGGAUAUUGGAGACCAUCAGAUCUAUCAUGGAUAAAGUUGGAGAGAAUAAUGUUUGUUGGGUCUUGCAAUCCACCAACUGAUUCAGGAAGAACACCAAUGAGCCCUCGAUUCUUAAGACAUUGUCCAUUGUUAUUGGUUGAUUUCCCAGAGGAAGAAUCAUUGAAACAAAUCUAUGGAACCUUUUCGAAGGCUCUUGUUAAAAACCAUCCAAACUUAGCAAAUAUUCCAGAAGCCAUCACUAACACCAUGGUUGAAUUUUAUUCCAAAUCUCAACAACAUUUUACUGUUGAAAAGCAACCACAUUAUAUUUACAGUCCAAGAGAACUUAGUAGAUGGAUAAGAGCUCUCCAAGAAGGUAUAAAAGGUAUUGCAUACUUAACCUCAGAGGAAUUGGUAAGAUUAUUAGUGCAUGAAGGAUUGAGAAUUUUCAGUGAUAGACUUGUUCUUGAUGAAGAAAAGGAAUGGACUGAUCAAACUCUGGAUCAAACAAUUAGAAAAUAUUUUAUUAAUGUAAAUGAUUCAUGCCUACACAGACCUAUUCUAUUCAGUAACUGGAUUAAUAAGUCUUACGUAUCUGUUGAUAGGGAAGAUUUGAGAAAAUUUGUUGAAUAUAAGCUCAAAGCAUUCUCAGAUGAAGAAUUGGAUGUAAAUCUUGUUAUAUUUGACUCUGUAUUGGAACAUAUUUUAAGAAUUGAUAGAGUUCUAAAGCAACCUCUUGGACAUUUAUUAUUAUGUGGUGAAAGUGGCAGUGGUAAAACUACUCUUUCAAGAUUCGUUGCUUGGAUGAAUGAUUUCAGUGUAUUCCAAAUCAAGGCACACAGAAAUUAUAGUAUCAAAGACUUUGAAGAAGAUUUACGUAAGGUAAUGAGAAGAGCAGGUUGUAAAGAUGAAAAAAUUUGCUUUAUAUUUGAUGAAUCAAAUGUGCUCAAACCAAGCUUCUUGGAAUACAUGAACUCAUUGUUGGCAAGUGGUGAAAUACCAGGUUUAUUUGAAGGAGAUGAAUAUUCCAAUUUGAUAAGCAUUUGUAAAGACUCAGCAUCAACCAAUAAUGUACUCAAUCUGGAUACAGAUGACGAAGUUUAUCAAUGGUUCAUAUCUCAAGUCCAAAAGAAUCUACAUAUCGUUUUCACAAUCAAUCCAGCAAACGCAGACUUUAAGUCAAGGGCAUCAACCUCCCCUGCUCUUUUCAAUAGAUGUGUUAUUGAUUGGUUUGGAGGUUGGCCUUACCAAGGAUUGUUCCAAGUUGCCACCGAAUAUACAAUUCCUAUUGUUAGAGAACUUACAAAAGAUUCUAAAAUGCAAAUACCUGAAUCACUUGUUGAAAUUCAUAACGUUGUUUGUAGACUUAGUUCAAAUACUGAUAAGAAGAUUGGCAAAAAGGGUUUCAUCUCUCCUAGACACUAUCUAGACUUUAUCAAACAUCUCGUUCAUGUACAAAAAGAAAAGCAACAAGAAAUCAAAGAACAACAAAAUCACAUUGAACGCGGUUUGAAAAAGUUGAAAGAAACAGAAGGAUAUGUUUUCACUCUCCAACAACAACUCAAAGUUCAAGAACAGAAACUCUCAGAAAAGAAUAUUCAAUCAAAGGAAAAGUUGGAUCAAAUCGUUGAAAACCAAAAGGUAGCCGAAAACAGAAAGCAAGAAUUACUUAUUCUUUCUAAGCAACUCGAAGAAAAGAGCGUAGGUAUCAAUAGAAGAAAAGAAGAAAGUAGAACACAAUUAUCCCUUGUUCAACCUCUUCUCAAGAAGGCACAAGAUGAAGUUAAAAAGAUUGAACCAAAACAUAUACAAGAAUUAAGAAUAUUGAAUAAUCCACCCAUCACAGUUAAGAAAACUUUAGAAGCUGUUACUAUUCUUCUUAGUCCAAAUGAAUGGGAAAAGUCUGCACCUUCUUGGGCUGAUAUCAGAAAAAUAAUAAGCUCUUUAGAUUUCAUUACUAAUAUCCGUACAUUCGACCCAGAAACAGUAGUUAUACCAAAGAAGUUAAGAAUGAGAAUACAACAAACCUAUCUAGAUGACCCAAGUUUGGAAGAAUCUAAAGUCUUCAAUGCCAGUAAGGCUUGUGGUCCAAUGAUUUUAUGGGUAACCUCAUGUGUUAAGUUUGCUGAUAUUGUCGAAAAAAUAGAACCACUAAAAGCAGAAGUUAAUGCUCUAGAGAAGGAAAGCUUAACAUUAAUCGAUCAAGAAAAAGAGUUGAACAAGAUUGUUUAUUACCUCAAACAAAAAAUUGACAGCUUUACUGAUGAAUAUACUUCCCUUAUGAAAGAAACAAAAUCCAUAGAAAUGGAAAUGAACUCAGUUAAGAAUAAGGUUAACAGAUCAAUGUCUUUAAUUGAGAGUUUAUCAAACGAAGCCUCCAGAUGGUCUUCUCAAAUAGAUACUUUCAGAACCCAAAUGGAAACAAUUAUUGGAGAUUCUAUUAUUUCAGCUGCUUUCUUGUCAUAUUGUGGUUUCUUUGAUGAACAAAAUAGAAGAAAUUUGUUGUUCAUUUGGACCUCUGUACUUUCAAAGUACAAUAUUUACACUAGAGAUAAUCUUUCUCUUGUAGAUUUCUUAUCUACUCCACAAAAGAGAUUGCAGUGGGAGACUUGUAAACUUCCUACAGAUGAUAUUUGUCUCGAGAAUGCUGUUAUUUUAGAAAGAUUUAAUAGAUUCCCUCUGAUAAUAGACCCAACAGGACAGGCCAUAGAAUUUAUAUCCAACUUUUACAGAACAAAGAAUCUUGUAAAGACCAGUUUUACAGAUGAAAAUUUCUUAAAGAGUCUUGAGAACUCCCUUAGAUUUGGUACACCAAUUAUGGUAUCAGAUGCUGAGAAUGUAGAUCCUAUUUUAAAUCCAAUACUCAAUCGUGAAGUUAAAAAGAUAGCAGGAAGAAAUAUUGUUACACUAGGAAAUCAAGAUAUCGAUCUUUCUCCAACAUUCCAGUUAAUUUUAGUAACAAGAGACUCAACUCACCAAUUUGAACCUGACUUAUCAAGCAGAGUUACAUUUGUAAACUUUUCUGUUACUCCUUCCAGUUUGAGAGGACAAUGUCUUUCAGCUAUCCUUCAACAUGAGAAACCAGAAAUUGAUAUCCAGAGAUCAGAGCAAAUCAAGUUGCAAGGAGAAUACAAGGUUAAACUCAGAUCUCUUGAAGAAUCACUUCUAGCAUCAUUAAGCGAAGCUAAAGGCUCUAUUUUAGAAAAUGAGUCUUUAAUAUCAACUUUAGAGAGUCUCAAAGAAAAAUCAAAAGAAAUUGAAACCAAAAAGAAAGAGUCUGAGAAGGUUAUGGAAACACUAAGCACUAUUAGUGAACUUUAUGCACCAUUAGCCUCCUUUUGUUCAAGCAUUUACUUUACAUUAACACAAUUAUCUGAACUUCAUUACCUUUAUAUUUUCUCACUCUCUCUAUUUAUGAGAACUCUCCAUGAAGUCCUAAUUAUGCGGGAGAAAGAAAACUCAAAUCGUGUUGAAUUUCUAGUUAAGGCUUUAUUUUAUGAAAUUUAUAAGAGAAUCUCUAGGAGUUUAUUAUAUAUGGAUAGACUUGCUUUUGCCAUUAAAUUAGCUCACAUCAAAAUCGGCGACAACUUGAUAGAUCCAGAAGAAAAAAGGUUAUUCCUUGAAGACUUAGUUGGUUCCUCAGGAAUUACCAUAGAAGAAAAUGGGUUCAAAUUUCCUUCUCUACAAAAGCAUAUGAUAGAAAAAAUGUCAUUAAUUCCUGGCUUCCAAAAUCUUGAAAAGCAUGUUGAAGACAAUUUUGAAGAAUGGAAAGUCUUCUUUGAAGAUGGAAAUCAUAUUCCAACAUGUUAUCCUAAAUCUGAAAAUGAAAUUCAAAACUCGUUUAGAGAAAUGAUGUUAUUCAAGAUAUUCAAACCUGAUCAUUUAGUUAACCAAAUGGAGAGAUUUAUUGGAUCUGUUUUUGGAAAUGAUUUCUUACAUGGAAGGGAAACAAGUAUCGAUACUAUUGUUGAUAAGGAAGUUGAUUGUUUUACUCCUUUAAUAUUGGCAUCAGUACCUGGUCAUGAUGCAUCAGUGUACAUUGAUGAUUUGGUUAAAACAAAUCAAAAGACUUGCUCUUCUGUUGCCAUGGGUUCAUCUGAAUCAUAUGACCAGGCCGACAAAGCCAUCAAUAUUGCUAUCAAAUCAGGAUCAUGGGUAUUAUUGAAGAAUGUACAUCUUUCACCUAAAUAUCUCUACAAACUUGAAAAAAAGCUACAUUCUUUGAAAUGCGAUAAUAGUAUUAACAAGUCAUUCAGAUUGUUCUUGAGCAAUGAGAUUCAUCCAAAUAUCAAUCUUAAUCUUCUCAGAAUGUCAUAUACACUUGUAUUUGAACCAGCCACUGGUAUUAAGAGCUGUCUUACACAAACAUUCUGCAACCUUUCCAAGGUACGUGUUGAAAAGCCACCAGUUGAAAGAACCAGACUCUAUUUAUUGGUGUCAUGGCUUCAUGCAGUUCUUCAGGAACGUUUACGUUAUCCUCCUAUUGGUUGGAGUAAGAAGUAUGAAUUUAAUCACACAGAUUUGAAAUCAGCAUACGACACCAUAGACAAGUGGGUUGAUUUGUACUCUGAAGGUCAAACAAACACCAAACCAGAGGCAUUACCAUGGAAAGCCCUUCAUUCUUUACUUGGAGAAUCAAUUUAUGGUGGAAAGAUAGACAAUGAAUUUGAUAUGGUUAUUUUGAAGUCACUAUUGGAUGAAUUAAUGACUCCUGAAAGCUAUAAUCUUACAUUUACAUUACCAGGUAUUGAUUCAACAUUCACAGGAAACAAGUUUGAGAACUUCCAAUCAUGGAUCGAAUCACUUCCAAAUCAACAACCACAAUGGCUCGGCUUGCCAACAAAUAUUAAUGAGUUAGUUAAUAUUAACAAGGCAAACUUGACAAUCAGCCAAACUAACAAAAUUAAGGAUUUAUCACAUGAUAAUACAAUUGAAGAUCUUAAAUCCAUGCUGGCUAACACAACCCAUGAAAAGAUUAGUAAUAUUGAAGGAAUGGAAUCUACUAUCAACGAAUGGACAGACAUGCUUCCAACUAAUUUCGAGUUCGAAAUGAAGGAAUCAAGUCAACUUGUUCAAGAAAACAUUCCUGUAUUCAAAUUCUUCCAAAGAGAAUUGAAGACCAUUGCAUCAGUGCUUGCAUUAGUUAAAACAGAUUUAUUGAAUUUGACCAAUAUCAACAAUGGAGAAGCCAAAUAUACCAACUACUAUAGACACCUGAUAGAUAAAUUGUCAAAAGGAAAUGUUCCAAAGUCUUGGGGCCAUAGCUAUCCUUUCCUUGAAAAUAUUACUGUAAAUAUGUGGAUUUUGGACCUUGUUAAGAGAUUAGACCACCUUUUAGAAGUCAAGACCAAUAUUGAAAAGUUUGGACGCUUUUCCAAUAACAAUGAAUCGAUUUGGUUUGGAGGAUUACUGUCACCUGAGGCAUUCUUAACUGCAACCCGUGAAGAAACAUCUAACAUGCAAAAGAUUCCACUUGAGAAGCUACAACUUUGCUUUGUUGAUAGAAAUCACCAAAACUCAUUCACAUUAGAAGGUUUAUCAAUUCAAAGUGCCAAGUUUAUUGAUGGUAGAGUAUGCAUUGGAAAAGAAUUGAAUUCAAUCAUUACUCCAAUUUCUCUUGCAUGGGUUAGCUCUGAAAUGUUAACUGAAGACAUUUCUUCUAUCAAAAUACCUGUAUAUCAAAACUCUGCAAGAAAAAAGAUCAUUUGCUCUCUUUCUGUCAAGUAUGAUGAAGAAAAUAUCUCCAAGAAUAUAAUCUAUCAACGUGGUGUAGCUAUUUUGGCAAAGGAAUAA